GGACUCUGUUACACAGAUUAGUUUGGUAGAUUUUUUUUUUUUUUUUUUUUUUUUGGUCGCUGCUGACAGACUGAGAGUUGAACUCACUAUAGCACCACCAAUGAACAGUCAGAGAGACCUGCGCAUAUCGUCAGCAGCCGCUUCUCCAGCCUCAAGCUAAAAUUCGUCAGAUCUGAGAUCACAGAGGAUUUUUUUUUUCCUCUCUCAUUCAGUCCGGCAAGAAAAGAUAUUCGCAAAAGUUUCAGGAUAUAGACAGCGGGCAUUGAAUAUACCCCGACGCAUCUGCUCAGUGAAAGGUCCUCAUAUUGCAAUGAUGUGUGGACGGAGCAGAGCGGCCUCUACGUUUCUGUGGUCUUGCUUGCUUGUUCUCAACAGCAUACUGAGUGGGAAAAGCACAGCAGUUAACUUGACAAGUGACAGUAAAGUGUUCACCAAGAUCUUAGACAGCCUUCUGGAUGGCUAUGACAAUCGCCUCAGGCCAGGACUGGGAGAGCGUGUAACUGAAGUCAAGACUGACAUUUUUGUGACCAGUAUUGGGCCAGUUUCGGAUCAUGACAUGGAGUACACCAUUGACGUCUUCUUCAGACAGAGCUGGAAGGAUGAAAGAUUAAAGUUCAAAGGUCCCAUGGCUGUGCUGCGUCUCAACAACCUGAUGGCCAGCAAGAUCUGGACUCCGGAUACCUUCUUCCACAAUGGCAAGAAGUCAGUGGCCCACAACAUGACCAUGCCCAACAAGCUGCUGCGAAUCACAGAGGAGGGCACGCUGCUCUACACUAUGAGGCUUACAGUAAGAGCAGAGUGUCCCAUGCACCUGGAAGAUUUCCCUAUGGAUGCCCAUGCUUGUCCGCUGAAGUUUGGCAGCUAUGCCUACACUCGAGCAGAGGUGGUGUACGUGUGGACCAGGGGGGCUGCCAAUUCGGUGGUGGUUGCAGAGGAUGGAUCCAGAUUAAACCAGUACGAUCUGAUGGGACAGAGCGUGGAUUCUGGCGUGGUUCAGUCCAGCACAGGAGAGUAUAUUGUGAUGACUACCCACUUCCACCUGAAGAGGAAAAUCGGCUACUUUGUGAUCCAGACUUAUCUACCCUGCAUCAUGACAGUCAUCCUCUCCCAAGUGUCUUUCUGGCUCAACAGAGAGUCGGUCCCUGCCAGAACUGUCUUUGGAGUGACCACUGUACUGACCAUGACCACACUGAGUAUCAGUGCCAGGAACUCUCUCCCUAAAGUGGCCUACGCCACAGCUAUGGACUGGUUCAUUGCUGUCUGUUAUGCCUUUGUCUUCUCGGCCCUCAUCGAGUUUGCCACUGUCAACUACUUCACCAAGAGGGGUUACGCUUGGGAUGGGAAAAGUGUGGUACCAGAGAAGCAAAAGAAGAAGAAGGAAUCUCUUCUGAAGAAGAACAACACCACAGCCUACCCAGCUGCUACUGCUACGGCCUUCGCCCCCAAUAUUGCCAGGGACCCUGGAUUGGCCACAAUCGCCAAAAGCGCCCCACCACCCCCUACCGAGCCCAAGGAGGAGCCAAAGCCCAAACCUCCAGAGGCCAAGAAGACCUUUAACAGUGUGAGCAAGAUAGACAGGAUUGCCAGAAUAGCCUUCCCUCUGCUCUUUGGAACCUUUAACUUGGUCUACUGGGCGACAUACUUGAAUAAGAAGCCCAAAUUGCAGGGGAUGACUCCACACUAAUCCAUGUUUCCAUUCCUUUUAAAAUUAUACCCGUAAUGAUUUCAUUUCUUUCUUAUCCCUCUUGAGAAAAAAACAAAAAGAAAAAAAGGUGUUUAUUUUCAGACAAACAUGGUGUCCAUGCUGGUUUCAACUCCCACUUGUUGCAUUGCUUCUAUGUUUAUCUAAAUUUUGAAGAUUUUGAAAAAAACAAAAUGCAGAAAAAAAAAGAA